GAAGACUGCCCAAUGGUACGUACUGCCUGAAACUAUCAGGAUCAAUUCCAGGGUCCUCAGGAGUCGGGACCCUUCUUAGUGGCGUUGCCUGAGUGUAUUGCCUGCAAGAGCUGUCUUAUCGGCCACCACUUCACUACUUGUUCCUGGUCGCGAUUUCCCUGCCUUCACUUCUGCCCAUCGGACUGUGCCUGAAGUGAGUCACUGCUGUGUCUGCCAUCUUACUAAUGCUGGUUGUACCUUUAGUCAUCCACCGUUCGAUGGCAAUAGGCGGCUUAUAGACUCCCAUCGCCACGUCCUUGCGUUAUUGUUACUAUGGGACAGUCUUCCUCUACGCAACGAAAUCGUCGUCACAGUACCCCUCCAGAGCACUUUCCCACUUUCCACGCGAUCCGUGUCCGCAGAAACAGGGAUGAAGCAAUGAAUAACAGCUACAACACGGAGCAGACUGGGGAACACCAACCCCGGUCGGGAACAGAGACAGACCAUGACAACACUCCAACAGCUUCAGGAGCCCCCGUUCAUCUCGAUCCUUCUGCCGAGAUAUGGCAUCCCAAUAUCUCAGGUGACGAACAACGACAUAUGAGAACAAUACAAGAGGAGAACGACGCGCAAUAUGAGCCGGGCCAGCGGGAAUAUCGCUCGGACAUCUUUGCCCGAAUGGCUGCAAGAAGACAGUCAACCAUGUCGCGAUUGGGUUCCAGGAUCCUUCCUAAUUCGGUGAUCCGUGGCUUGCUGAGCAGCGAAGAAGAAACACCAGCAGAAGGCCACGCCCAUCGCCAUGGUAUCGUGUCAAGGUCGAUUCCAAGAUCGGAAGCCACGCAUACCAGCGCUCGUUUCAGCCCGUUCAAUUCCCUCAGCUCGAGAAGCGUCUCUAGGCGACGCUCUUUACGUGGGCCGUACUUCAUCCCACGCAAUGAACCAACGCUCUCGUCAGAUCCCGCUCGUUCCGGCUCAUUCCUCGACCCUACCACGGAGAUCGCUCCAGAACCUACGCGAAGCUCAUGGCGCCGCAGUGCUCGGCUGCAUCGUGUCCGGAAUUCUCUGUCAGGACCCAUUGGCCACAUGUUCGGCCAAUCUUUCCCGAACGCAUCGGCUCAAGAAUCAGGACCAAUCCCACAACCACCCCUGGAUCCAGUCUCUAGUGAGGACACUGACGGCUUUCUUCCUUAUACAAGGUCAAUGGAUAGCCAGAUGGACUUCGAUGAGCCCCAUGAGCUUGAUUCGGUGGAACCUGCUGUAGGCAGUACUCGUCCUACCUCGCCCAUGUCAUCGCAGUCUGCACAAGGCCCACCUGGCUUACGGCAACUCCCGGGAUUGCUGCGAGCAAGACCGUCUCGAGCUAUGCGUCGAGAGGAACAGACUCCUUUGUCGCGUGUCCUUCAGCUGGCCGCUGCCGCCAUUGCCGCUCAACUUUCUGGCACAGCUGGUCCCGUAAUGCCCAACAUCCAGGCUCUGGGCAAUGAUGGCCUUGAUGGUUCGUUGGAUAAUUUCAUACAGAGCUUACAGCACGCCACGUCCACCCAGACGGCUCCCAACGAGGGAGAGAGUGCGGCAGGCGAUAACAGUCCUCCGACUCCGGUUAAUUUCCUCAGAGUCUUCCGCUUUGCCAAUUCUGACGGUACUCGACCCGGUGGUCCAUUGAAUCGUCCAACGGCAAACGCUGAGAACACCGACAGCAACGGCAACGGAAUGGAUGUGGACAACCCUACUGAUGGACCUGAGGGACGUACUGUUACUCUCGUGGUGGUUGGAGUACGAUCGGUCCCUUCUGGAAAUGGGCCUAGCGGCGAUCAGCCAGCUAAUCCAGGAACUGGACUGGAUGCCUUGCUUCGCUUGCCGUUCCUAACGCCGGGGAGUCUAGCACGCAAUCACGAGAACGGCGCUGGCUUUCCACCACGUCCAGAUGGGCGGCCCAGGCUUCCGCCUAUCCGGCUCCAGGGCGAGCAGCAUCCUAGCGGGCUUCCCACGGGUAGUGACGUUUCUUCACAAGGAGGACCAACCCCACUGCGGCGGCUGUCUGACGCGGGCACCCGAGUCCCAUUAGGCUCACUGUCUGCAGCCCCUUCGGUGCUUUCGGAAAGCCCUCCAGGCCCCCAUCCCCCUCCUUCGACGCCAGCCGAGCCGGGAUUAUCGGCCGUGUCAUCUAGCGCGUCCACUCCUAGUCGGAGACCUUCGACUGCUUCGGCCAUGUCACCAAGUACCCUACCCCCCAUUGACACCAAUCGACCGAUGCAGCCCACCGUUGAGCCUACUGAAGACGGUAUCCCCCCGAAUACGCGCCAGCGACGUCGCAGUGAUUCGGAAUAUGCGCGCCAUCGUGACCUAGGGUCUGGUGCCGUCAGGCGUAACGGCGUUGUGGAACCUGACAAUGCUGCACCCCCUACCGGAAGAAGCUGGCUGAUCUACGUUGUCGGAACCAAUCUUUCAGAGAAUCACCCUGCCUUUGCAACGCCAAGUCUGUUCACUGAUAAUCCAACGUACGAAGACAUGAUCUUGCUCUCAUCUCUGCUCGGGCCUGUCAAGCCACCUGUUGCGACCCAGGAAGAUCUCUCUACGGCCGGUGGACUGUUCCGCCUUGUAGAGUAUGCCGGCUCGCUAGUUGCAGAAGCUUUGGAAGGUGCUGGCGCCAUCCAACUUCCCGAAGGCGAGCGGUGCUUGAUUUGUCUCAGUGACUACGAGGCGGCAGAGGAGCUUCGGCAACUGACCAAGUGCAAGCAUCUUUUCCACCGGGAUUGCAUUGAUCAGGUUUGUGCAUAUCUCUCCCGCGGAUGUUUUGGCACUCAACUGACAUUAUGCUAGUGGUUGACCACGGGCCGUAAUUCAUGCCCACUUUGCCGAGGCCAGGGUGUGGCUGAGACGUCGAAUAACCAACCCACUCCAGAUGCACCUAGCGCAGCAGCAGCGUAACUAUGUGGACAUGCGCCACGCUAGUUAUUCUCUUUCGAUUCAUCAUCUUUCUACAUAAACUUGACUUAUUUGAAGCUUAGCAUGAAGCGUCUUAUCUCAUACCCUAACGA